UGUUGCUAAUGGAUGAGAUUUCGUCUUCCACAAAUGUCACUCAAGAUGUUGGUUCAAUCUCCGAUGAAAAUAAAGAAUCGUGGCAACAUUUUGUCUUCCACGACCUUUCAUCAAUCAAGGAUUUCUAUGCUAAAUACGCUCAUGAAAAGGGAUUUAGCAUGAGAAGAAAUUUGCACUCCUUAUUUGAUUCUCGUAACAAAAAAACGGACAUUGUGCAAUAUAUCCGUUAUGUUUGUAACAAGCAUGGUUUCAAGCACGGAAGUCGGGCGGAUCCUAAGAACAAGACAAACUCGGAUACUCCUGUUCUCAUUGAAUAUCAGAAAGAGAAAGAACUUCCUGAGGAAAGGAUUGGUUGCCCAGCUAGUAUUUCGUUGAAGUAUGAUUCCAAUGUUAAAGGUUAUCACAUAUACAAAUGGAAUGUUACUCAUAACCAUCCUCUCCAUAAACCCGAGCAUUCGCAUUACUUGAGAUCGGCUCGAGAGAUUAGUGAGCCUAAAAAACAACUUGCUAUAAUAAAUUCAAAAUCAGGCAUGUCUGUAAGAUCCUCCUUUCAAGUUAUGCAUCAAAUAGCUGGUGGUUCAAAGAACCUUGGGUAUUGCUUCCAAGAUUUAAAGAACUUUCUCACCACUGUUCGACAAAAGGAAAUGGUCAUUGGUGAUGCAACUAUUAUCCAAGAAUAUCUUAGAAACGAAGCUUUGAGGAACCCAUCAUUUUAUUAUGAUAUCCGAGUAGAUUCUGAAGAGAACAUAGCUAGUAUUUUCUGGUCAGAUGCAAUCAUGCAGCAAGAGUAUGAAUUAUUUGGUGAUCUCAUCAGUUUCGACACAACUUAUCGAACAAAUACGGAGUAUCACCCAUUAGCUCUGUUCCUUGGAUUUGACAACCACCGUAAGAGUGUAUUAUUUGGUUGUGCCCUGCUCUACGAUGAGACUUCAGCAAGUUUUGAUUGGUUGUUUACGACUUUCCUGAAGUGCAUGAAAAAUAAGAAACCCAUUACAAUUUUUACAGACCAAGCUUCUGCUUUGAUGAAGUCAGUUCCAAACAUCUUUCCCGAUGUCUUCCAUGGGUUGUGUUCUUGGCACAUGGGGGAGAAUGCAAAGUCCAACUUAGGCUCUCGUUGCAAUGGUGCAUUUCUUGACGAACUACAUCACUUGGUUUCGAAUGUUGAUGAUGAGGCAAAGUUUGACUUCAAUUAG